UCUUCAUUUCGCGCCUUGCAACGUGUCGGGAUCGAGGGCUGCCUUCGCUCCGGUCCCCCAAGGCUGCUGAGGAAGCGGGUUGGGGGGGGGGUGGGAUCGAGAGGAAGAGGAGGACUGCCUCCUCCAGCCGUGCAGCCGCGUAGAGAUCCCUCAAGAAGCAAAAGAGAUCCCCCCCCAAAAAAAUCUCUCUUCGCCUGCUUGGAGAAAUCGGAGUCGAUUCGGCUGUCAAGAUGAAGGGUUGCCAAAAUGACCAUGGGAAUGGAUGCACAGAGGCAGCUGCGAAACCCAUGACCAACUCUUUCAAGGCUGAUGAUCUUGUUAUCAAUCCAUCUACCACAUUGAAGGAGAAGCCGGACCCAAAUGGCUUAGUAUUUGGAACAGUUUUCACAGACAACAUGCUCUUCAUUGAAUGGUCCUUCACAUCUGGAUGGGAAGUUCCUCAGAUCAAGCCCUUGGAGAAUCUCUCUGUGCACCCAGCCAUCUCAGCACUGCAUUAUGCUGUCGAACUGUUCGAAGGCAUGAAGGCAUAUCGAGGCGUGGAUGGCAAAAUACGCUUGUUCCGACCAAGACUCAACAUGGACAGGAUGUUACGGUCAGCUGCGCGAGCAACUUUGCCGGGAUUCGACAAAGAAGAACUUCUGCAGUGUAUCCAGAAACUGGUGGAAGUUGAGAAGGAAUGGGUACCCUAUUCCACCUCUGCUAGCUUGUAUAUCCGCCCUACUUUAAUUGGGACAGAGCCUUCUCUCGGAGUCAAGAAGCCAUCAAGGGCCAUUCUCUAUGUGAUACUGAGCCCUGUGGGGCCCUAUUUCUCAAGUGGGAGCUUCAACCCUGUCUCUUUGUGGGCAGACCCGAAAUACGUCCGAGCUUGGAAAGGUGGGACGGGAGACUGCAAAUUGGGAGGGAAUUAUGGCUCUUCGAUUUAUGCCCAACGUGAAGCAAUGGAAUUGGGUUGCCAGCAGGUCCUCUGGCUUUAUGGUGAUGACCAUCAAAUCACAGAAGUCGGGACGAUGAAUCUUUUCCUAUAUUGGCGAAAUGAAGAUGGAGAAGAUGAGCUGGCAACCCCACCUCUAGAUGGCAUCAUUCUUCCUGGUGUGACGAGGCAAAGCAUCUUAGAUCUGGCGCUCAAGUGGGGCGAAUUUAAAGUAUCAGAGCGAUACAUUACUAUGAGUGAUCUCACAACUGCCUUGAAGGAAAAGAGGGUGAAGGAGAUGUUUGGGGCUGGAACAGCCUGUGUUGUAUGUCCUGUUUCAACAAUACUAUACCUGGGAGAGAAUUUGCAAAUCCCGACCAUGGAGAAUGGACCUAAAAUAGCAACCCGUUUCUGGAACCAGCUAAGUGAUAUUCAAUAUGGAAGAGAGGACAGCGACUGGACAAUCGUGGUGUCAUGAAUGUAAGGGACGAGAACAUUCCAGCCUUCUGCGAGCACAACGAAGUGCUUGAACUACCACCUGAAUGAUGGCCAGUUUUACUGUAGCUCUGUGUAGAGUAGUCUGUGUAUUAUCACUUUAAUCCUGAGCCGGGGAGUUGGGUCCACACAUGCCAGGAAAUGAGACUUAGGGCUGUCGUUUCCAGGCUGCAAACAUCAAGUUGAUCACGAAAUAGCAGGAACAAGCUAUUCCUUUCCGCAUCUCUUUGCUGCUACGUUGUGGUCAAACAGAUGUUCGCAGGCCAGGGAAGGUAGCCCUAGGUGAGCACAUUUUUUUCUUCUGUGAUUUUUGGUCUAGAAUAGAAAUCUGUCUUCUGGUGGAGGUGCUAGAUGUCAACAGUAGAGACUCUCCUAACACAACCCUUGGUGUCCCUUAUAUCCUUGGUACAGUGGACAACUGUGUUUAGAAGUUCUUCAACUGCUCUUCGUUGCAAGCCAAAUACUCUUGGCUUUGUGUCACUUUUUAAUCAGAUUGUGAACGUGACUGUUUGCCAAAUGAUUGAGAGUAAACUUUUCACGAUCUCCUUCUCAACUGCAACCUUAGAAAAAUGAAAGAUUUAUUUUUCCUAAGACAGGUACGUAGGUAUAGUAUACGCAGUGAAAUAUUUCGCUAUCUCUUGAUUUUUCCAUCUUUAGGGAAAUUGCUCUAAUUUACAGGACUUUUUGAGGAAUCCCAGUUUUUGAUCACUGACUAGAAUCACAUCUCACAGGUGAUAAUUCCCAAACUGGGUCCGAUUUUUCUGAUAUCUAGAGGAAAUUUUUCCCCCUCUCAGUAGUAAGUGACUUCUACCAUUGCCAAACUAUGGAAAGUUCUGUAAAGUAAGUUGUUAGAAUGCAGAAUAAGUUGAUUGAUGGCACAGCCAUCUCUAUCAUUUUAAAUAAGGCAGGUUUUAGAGAGUUGCCAGAUUAUGGCCCAAUCCACCAUGCUUGAAAUCCUUUAGAAAAAAAAAGUUUGUUGUGGCUUCUACAAUCCUACCAUUGUCUCAGUUUUUCUUGGAGACAUUGGCUUUAAAAAAAAAGUCUCAUCCUUCCAUUCACACAGCCUUGAAAUCAUAGCACCACAAUGAUCAGAUGUAUUAGAGGAGAUUCCUGAUUCUCUGAAUAAGAUUUAAUAAUCUACUAUAUCAAAUUAGAUUGAACGAAAGGUUACUAAAGUAUCUUGAGAUAUGUAUGGGAAGGGUUAGGGUUAGGGUUAGGGUUAGGGUUAAAUCAAGUGUGGGCUGACCCUAAACUUACAAGAUCAACUUUGAUCUUCCUUUCCUUUUUCCUUUUAUUUCCACUAGACUUCCCCAAGAUCCACUAAACUAGAUUAAGUUAUAAAAUUAUGGUCUAGAGCAAUGGUUCUCAACCUCUUCUUUACCACGGACUCCCUUUAAAUACCUUUUGUGGCAACGGACCAUGGCCACAAACCAGGGGUGGGUUUCAGCCAGCUUUACUACUGGUUCGGUCGUCCGCAAGCUUCGUGCACACUGCGUGCACAUGCAGAGUUCAAUUAAAAUUGUUCUGCACAUGUGCAGAACUAAAAAAAACAAGAUAGCGGCAGCAACGGUGGCAACCGGGAAACCAGUUCGGGAGGGCGUGACGGGCCUGGGUUGCUGUCGGUUCCAAUGACCCAGGCCGCUAUACCUCUACCGGUUUGGCCGAACCGGUAGGAACCCACCACUGCCACGAACCUUAACUCAAGUUUUAAAUCAUAUUUUUUUUAAUUUGUUGAGGAAACCCACCACCACCCCCCGGGACAUCAUGAAUAACCCCACCCCCUCAGAGGUCUGCAGUCCACAGGUUGAGAAUCACUGGUCUGGAGGAAGCGAGCCACACUGAAACAUAUUGCUUUGGUUAAUUUUAAGUUUCCCCUUUUCUAAAUAUGGUCACCUACUAAAGACAGUUUUGAGGUCUUGGCUUAGUGCCUUUUGAGUCUGAGCUUGAAGGCAUCUGAGCUUGAAGACAUCUCUUGCCAAAGAAGCUACCUACAACCGUGUUCAGCACAUACUCAGAUUUCUAGGACCAAAUAUUUCUUGAGUUAACCAACAAGAUAGCCAAGGCCCUAGGCUUUCUUUUUGCUAGGACACUCACAGGGACUAAUAAAGUUCACCCCCUCCCUCAUAAAGAGAGAAGGGCAUGAUUUGGGGAAAUCCCAACUCUGCUUCUCGCACCAUGAACCUACCUCUACUUAGUGAUUGAUCAAGGCCAAGACUAUACCCAACUUUUGUUUCCCUGUGACCUCAUAGCUGUGGUGGGGUUCACUUACCUUCGCUACCAGUUCGCAAAUGUGAAUGCAUUUCUCAUGUGCACCACCUUCUGCACAAGCAGAGAAGGUCGGGCAUUAUGUCUGGGUGGGUGGGCGGAGCCUCCAGCAGCUACUGCUACCGGUUCGCUCGAACCGGUAAAAACCGGCUGAAUACCACCUCUGCCUCAUAGGCACCUAAACUUUUUAGGAGAAAGGAUGUGACAAGGCUUUACCAAUUCAAGAUGCAGAUAAUGGUAGUGAGGAGAUGAUUUGGACGCAUUCCACCCCGUUGUGACCGCAAGGAGAAGGCUUGUUGUAGCCGACUCCCUUAUGCAUAACGCAAAAGCAUUUUAAUACCCAAGAGUAUUCGUUCACUCUCAUCGUGCCCCACCAUGUGCCAAAAUAACGAGACAUGUUCAACAGCAUCAGGUCAAAUAUUCUUUCUAGAACAUUUUAACGGGAUCUUAAAAUCUGUUAAUAUGGAUUCUUUACCUUUUGAUCCAAUACUCUUUAGUUAUAAUAUCCCAUGUCGCGGUAACGUUUCCCACAACCACCUUAGUGCAAAGCAAAACUUUUUGUAUUGUAUGACUUUUCACCGUGCAUUAAUCAGCAAAGGCCUUCCGGAAAGAUGUCAUACCUUAAAACGUUAUCCUUUUAUUGAAGGCCAGUUGAAGCUGAUGAUGCUGGAUGGAGUUCUGUUUCGAACAGUUUUCUCCAGGGUGAUUCUGCCAGGUGUGCUGAGAUUCCCAGUCCAAGGUUUCUCAACCAACAGGAAUUCUCAGAAUUGGAGUUCCUGCAAUUCAAGGCCACCAGGAUGGGGUACGGAUGGUCUAAGAACAGAGUACUACUUCUCCACCUCAGGAAUUUGAAAAUGGGUAGACUUCAACUCCAGUAUUCCACAGCCAACUAUGCUGACUGUAGAAUUCUGGGAGCUGAAGUCCUCGGUUCACCGACAAAUGCGCGCACGACAAAAGC